AUGACCGACGUAGAACAAGGACCACCAUCACCUACCCAAAAUGAAGUCUCGGCAGUUCAAGAGUCUCAGAAAUCAAAGAAAAGAAAGCACGAUGGUAAUACACACACUACACUCGUUGAUAGACCUCGACGACAAGUGCACCCCGUUAUUCCUUACUCUCAAAUGGCAGAGGCCAAGUCACGUACAAGAAAACCCGUUGAAGUUGUACAAGGUGAAGGUAUCCCUCUUGGCCAGAUAUCGCCAAUAGCUCGAGCUAUCGACAGACUCAAGACAACUGAUGACAUGAUCAAAGGCCUACAUAAGUUGCUCUACGGUAGGGUCGGAGCAAAACACGACAUCAAGUCUCAUAUCCGCGCGUUUUCAGGCUUCGUCUUGGGGACUCCGAUAGAUGAAAUGGUUUACAAAGAAAAACUUGAGAAAUGGAAAAUAUCAGGGUUAAAAGACAUGUGUUCACUGUUUAGUCUUAAGUCUUCGGGUGAUAAAGCCUCCGUUGUUGAACGACUUUUCGAAUUUUUGAAGAAGCCUUAUGACACUUCAAGUCCUAAAGAUCGCAAAUCAAAAAAUGCCAAGAAUAAAAAGACCAGUACCUCUAAAACCUCGAAGAAAUCCGCAACUGUAAGAAGAAAAACACCUAAGGAUAUAUUCUUCAUCAAACAACGUGAAAUCUUUAAGGCAAAGGAAGGAAAUGAAUCUGCAUCCAGAUCCGAAGUUGAAAAACAGAUGACUGAAGCUUGGAAUGAUUUGUCAGAAAAGGAGAAGAAACCAUACAUCUCUCUAGCUGAGAACGCGAAUAA